AUGGCAGCACCAGGGCAAAAUGUCCCGGAUGUGGAUAGCACGCUUGCAGCCCAGGUACAGGGAACCUCUACAGCACACCGCCAGCAUGAGGCCACCCGCAGUAUCCACCAAGUACCCAGUACGCCAGCGCUAACCCGCGCUGCUCCCGGAGGUACCUGCUCCGCCAGACCCAAGGCAAAAAGCAGCAUCAACCCACAGAUAAGAGCAACGCAUUCCCCCACCACAAACCGCAACCCCCCCAAUGGGCCCGAUCCUACUGGCCAGCUUCCCGCUCCAGUUCCUCCAACCCACGAUCGUCUGCUGCACGACGGGCUGCCACGGCACAGGCGAGACGACACGACAGCUGAAGGGGGAGAGAAAAAAAAGGACCUGAACCUGGAACCCCCACGAGCGUCCCCCCUCGACACACAUCGAGAUCCUCUCAGAAACCCCCACCGCCGUUUCAUCCUCUCAGCACGCCGCAAUCCAACCACGUUCGCCCAAGCAUCGUCACGCGAGUCUCCCCGCUGCCCAGCCCUGCUCGCCGGUGCCUUGUGCAACGACAAGCCGCCAACCGGUCGCCUCUGCAACCCCCCUCUGCUCCCGCUAGCAGCCCAUCCUCUGUCUGGGAUUGUUGUUUUCUCUUCUCGCCCUCGCUUCCCACGUCCCUGCCGCCACCCCUGGUCGGGUUCCCAAACCAUGGGUAACAACCAUUCGGCGUCCAACAAGGCGGGCGGGCCUGGGUCGCCUCCGCAGCAGCAGCAGCAGCCGCCAGGCCUCGAGUCUCAGUCUCAGUCUCCUCGCCAGCCUCAGCAUCGCAAGGACGGAUCCCGCAACAUCAUCCCCAUCCACGGUGCCCGCGCCGCUGCCGCCACCGAAUCCUCGUCUCUCCAGGCCCAGGGCUCUAUCGCCGCCUCCGUGCCCAAGCCCAAGAGCGUGCCCGCCACCGGCGUCUCCUCCCUCAGCGGCUCGCCGCAUAGCAGCACCGUCUCCUCCGUCGCCAACGCCGCUGCCGCCGUUGCCGCGGCCGUCGUCGCCGGCAGCCCCAAACCGUCCGAGCCGCGACCCAUCCUACGCGACGAACCCUCCAAGCCCGUUGCCGUCCCCAUCGACGGGUCUCUGGCGCGUCCUCAUAUCCCAGCCGUCCCGCCAUAUAUCGAUGCUCAGCUCUUUUCCAACAGUAGCCUGACGGACAUGUACAUGAUGCGCCCGCCUCGCCUGCCGCUUCCUAUCGAGGAGGAGGUUCACACGCCUGGCUCGCCCAUUCUCGGACCCGACGAGAGCCUGGCCGAUCUCGAGCUUGGCGAGUCGUCCGAAGCCUUGACUAGGAAGAGCUCCGCGCUCAGCUCGGGCACGGCCGAGGAUGACGAGGGCGAGGAGCUACGCGUAGACAAGACCAGGCCCGUCGUUGCCACCAGGAUUGAGUGGAAGGGAGGUGGUGAAAAGAUUUGGGUUACGGGUACCAUUUUCCACUGGAAUCGAAAGCUCCGGUUGCGUCCUGUUGAGGGCCAACCAGGUGUCUUUGCCGCCACGAUUCACGUGUUGCCCGGCACCCAUCACAUCCGCUUCUUGGUUGAUGGUAUUAUGCAGACAUCACCCGAGCUCCCCACCACGGUUGAUUUUGGAAACAACUUGGUAAACUACAUCGAGGUCAAUCCCGACGACGUGUUGGCGACCAGAAAGGGCGAAGCCGUCGAGGCUACCGAGGCCGGAAAGGAGAAGAGCGAGUCUCAAGCCGAUUCCGAGUCCAAGGAAGAGCCCAAGGUGGCUAGGGGAAAGCCCGUCUUGCCGCAAGAGGCUUACAAUGGGCAAAUCCCACAGUACCUGCUCGAUUUCGACCAGGCUGAGGAAUCGCCGGCCUAUCGCAAUGCCGUGUCCGCCAUAGAGAAGCUGACGACCCCACCGAGCCUGCCCGGCUUCCUGGGCAAGCCAAUCCUCAACGCUGCCACCCUGAUGAAGGACGACAACAGCGUCUUGAACAUGCCCAACCAUACCGUUCUGAAUCACCUUGCGACCAGCAGUAUCAAAAACAAUGUUCUGGCUGUGUCAGCAACUACUAGAUAUCACAACAAGACCGACGCAUAUCCCGAUGACCAGGCGGAUGUCGACUCGACCUAUGGCUCCGAUCAAGACUCGACCUACACCGGCUCCAUCACGUCGUCCAUCUACAACUACCAGUACGAAAACGGCCGCCGCUACCACGCCUACAGAGAGGGCCAGUACGUGCUGCCCAACGACCAGCAGGAACAGGAGCGGCUCGAUCUCCAGCAUCACAUAUGGCGGCUCCUCGUCGGCGGCCGCCUCUUCACGGCGCCCCUGCCGACGCACACCGGCGAGGACGAGGACGAGGACGAGCUGCGCAUCCUGGACCUGGGCACGGGCACGGGCAUCUGGGCCAUUGACAUGGCCGACGAGUUCCCCAACGCGGCCGUCUUCGGCGUGGACCUGUCGCCGAUCCAGCCCGACUGGGUGCCCAACAACUGCCGCUUCCACGUCGACGACUACGAGGACCAGUGGACGUACCACGAGGACGAAAAGUUCGACUACAUCCACGGGCGCGCCCUCAGCGGCACGUCGGCCGACUGGCCGCGCUUCUACCGGCAGGUGAUGGAGAACCUCAAGCCCGGCGGGUGGCUCGAGAUGCAGGAGUACGACGCGUGGAUCUUUAGCGACGACGACAGCUGCGACCGCGCGCCGUGGACGAUGGAAUGGGUCGACAAGCUGGAUGCCGCGAGCAGGAUGUACGGCAAGCAGAUUAAUGUGGCGCGGCAUCAGAAGCAGUGGAUCAUUGACGCAGGGUUCGAGGACGUUGAGGAGAAGGUAUACAGAAUACCAAUCGGACCGUGGGCCAAGGAUCCUACGCUAAAGGAGCUGGGCAAGUUUGAGCUCACGCACAUGCAAAUGUCUGUCGACUCGCACACGCCGGCGCUCUUCACCCGCGUGUUGAACUAUUCCAAAGACCAGGCGGACGUGCUGAUGGAGGGCGUCAAGCGGGAGUUUCGAAGCCGGGACCUCAGGCUGAUUACUUGCUACCGGUUCAUCGUGGGGAGGAAACCGCUUGACUCGUAG